AUGGCGCGCGCCUCCGAGAAGAAAGCUGGAGGCCACAAGCGGAAUGUGGGUGUGAACUCUCCGAUCAUCUCAGUGGCCUAUCCAGGUCCCGACGGCAGCGAGCAGCUGCUGCAGCUGAAGCUUACCCAGCUCUGGACAAAGACGCGAGGUGUCAUCGACGAGCUGAGAGUGCGCGUGGCCGAGGCCGCCGAAGUCAGCACCUUCCGGGUCAACCUCCUGGUCCCCAGCACUGGUCAGGUCAUCAAAGACUCCGACGGCUGGAAGAGGGAAGGUUGCCCGCAGAACAUGACCGCCACGGUCAUGCCCCUGGUGAGCAACUUGCGUGAUGAUCUCCACCUGGCCUCCGCGGCCGCGGCUGCCGAGGCCAUCGAGGAAGUCCUGGAGCUUGGUCAGGACCCCAACAUUCCAGACAAAAGCGGGAACCCUGUCCUCUUCAAGGCGUGCGGGGCCGGACACCCUGAGAUCGUGGAUCUGCUGCUCCGUGGCAGGGCCGACCCCCAGGGCCGUACCGUGGACUCAUCCAUGGCACCAAUUCACCUCGCAUCUCAGAUGGGCUACGUGGAGGUAGUCCGCUUGCUCCUUGCAGCAAGGGCCGACAAAGAUGCGGCCGACGCCAAGGGGCACACGGCCGUUUUCUACGCGGCCGCCCUGGGUCACGAAGAUGUUGUGCGAGAGUUGAUGCAAGCCGGCUGCGCCAUGGGCAAGGCAGAGCGGGACAGCAACCUCCCCAACCAGCUUGCCACAGAGCAUGGGCAGCGCAUGGUCCAGAGCGUUCUGGACCUUACUCAGAAAGCUGAAGCUCUGCGAGCAGCCACCCGCGCAGGCCAGGAGCGCGUGGUGCGAUGCGUCCUGGAGUUGGCGAGGGCGAUGACCACCGAGAACCUUCACCAAGCAGCUCGCCAAGGACAACUUGGUGUAGUCCAAUGCCUGGUCGAGAAUCGCGCGGACGUGAACGUCCUGGACGAGGAUGGACAGGGGCCCAUCCAGAGUGCGAUCGCGCAGGGCCAUGCCCACAUCGUGCGCUACCUGUGGGAGACCGGCAAGGUGGCCCUUCCGCGGCGCGGCGAGGCCUCAUGCCUCGGCCCAGACGAGAGACGCCUGCAGGACCUCGGCUCGCUGAUGCGGACGGCGAUCGACGCGCGGAGUACGGAGGUGGCCAAGUCCCUGCUCGAGGUGAACGGGGAUGUGAACUAUCCGGAGGCCGACAGUGGACUCACUCCACUUCACAUUGCCGCCGGUUCGGGGCAUGUCGAGAUGGUCCAGUGCCUGCUGGCCGCACGCGCUGCCACCGACGCGGUGGACAAGGGCGGCGACACUGCGCUGGUGCGAGCCGCGAAGCUCCAGCAGGGAGAGGUGGUGUGGUGCCUUGCGGAGGCCGAGUGUCCCGAUUUUACGAGCCUGGAGGGUUCGCCCCUGCAAAUGGCCUGUCGCCAGGGUUGCCCGGAGGUGGUGGAGUGUCUUCUGUGGCUGGGCGUUGACAAGGCCAAAGCCACCGAGAAGGAGCUGCAAUCUCUGCACAUCGCCGCCGCGAACGGGCUCAAGGAAGCGGUCCUAUGCCUGCUGGAGGCGCGGGUUGAGCCGGACGUUCCCACAAAGGCUGGGACAACGCCGCUCUACUUCGCAGCCGCGUGGGCCCGCGAAGAUGUGGUCUGCUGUUUGCUGGAGGCGCGGGCGCAGAUUGACGCUGCGGAAUCCGGUGGAUGGACCCCCUUGUUUGUGGCAGUACAGCGGGGCCAUGUCAGCGUUGUCAAGCUUCUGCUGAAAACCAAGGCCGACAUGAAUAGAGCUGACAAGAAGCAAAGGACGCCCCUCUACUUUGCUUCCUGGCUGGGGCAUCUCCGAAUUGCGCGGCUGAUGCUGCGCGACCGAGUCUUCCCGAACCCGAGAGAUCGACGAGGGUGGACGCCGCUGCACACUGCCAUCGCGCAUGGUCAGGUGGAUGUGGUUCGGAGUCUGAUCGACUGGAACGCAAACGUCGGGAUGACCACCCUAUCCGGAUCCACCUGCGCGGCCUUCUCCGCCCUCUACAACCAGCUCCCGGCCCUAGAGUUGAUCUUGGAGCGUCGCGGAGAUCCCAACUAUGCCGAAGCUGAGCUUUACACGCCCCUCCACCAUGCGGCGGAGUUCGGGCUUCUGGAAGUGAUGCAGAGGCUGCUGGAGGUCCGAGCGGAGGUGGAGAGACGCACCCACGAAGGCUCCACCGCAUUGUUCCUGGCCGCCCAAGAAGGGAGGCUGAAAGCAGUUCACAUGCUCGUGGUGGCCAAGGCAGACAUCAACGCGCCCAAGACGGCCAGCAGCCCUCGCGUACGUGGCGAGGCGCCGAACCAAGAAGGUGCGACGCCGCUCUACAUCGCAGCUUCCUCUAACCACAUGGACGUCGUCAAGUACUUGAUCGCCACCGGUGCCGACAAGGAUCUGUGCGGGCCCCCCCAUGGCGCGGGAACUCCGCUCUACGGGGCGACUUUGCAAGGCCACGUCCAGGUCGUCAGCACCCUGCUGCGCAACCGCGCCACAGUGGACCCUCCGGGCACAGACUGGCAUCCUCUUUUGGCUGCGAUCGAAGCACCCACCCGGGCCUCACUUGUCACACUUCUGGAGGCGCGCGUGUGCCCCAACUCGCGCCAUGAGAGCCCCACUGCGCCUCUCAAGUCUGCAAUAAGGGUGCGGAACCUGGAGGCCAUGAAGUGGCUCGUGCAUGCUGGCGCGAGUCAGGAAAUGGUGGACACCAUGGGAUGGACGCCGCUUCACACCGCCGCGCAUGCAGGCUCCGUCGAUGCGAUGCGGGCCUUGCUGCACAUGUGCGUGUGCAUCGAGCGCACCACGAACAAGGGGGCCACACCUCUUCUCAUUGCUGUCAUGGCUGGUCGAAAGGAGCCUGUUUCCAUCCUCCUUCAGGCAAAGGCCAAUGUCAACCAUGAAAAAAGCGAGGGCUGGACUCCGCUCCUGCUGGCAGCAUCGGCUGGCCGCUCCAAGAUCACCUACGCCUGCCUGCAGGCAAGAGCCGACGUGAAUCAUGCCAACAGUAAAGGCUUCCAAGCGCUCCACCUGGCAGUGGUGCAUGGCUACCCGCAGGUGGCGAUGCUGCUGCUCCAGCACAGAGCAGACAAGGACGCGGUGUGCCCUGCUGGAACUGCCUUGUCUAUGGCGUCGGCGCGGGGAUUUCUCAAGGCCAUCCAGGUGCUGGUCCAGGCCCGGGCGAACGUGGACCUCCCUCGCAAGGAUGGGCGGACGGCGCUCCACUGCGCCACCGAGUCGAAGAACCAUGUGCACGCCGUGCAGCUGCUGCUGGAGGCUGCCGCAGACCCUGACCGGGCAGGCGAAGACGGCUUCACCCCGCUGCACAUCGCGGCGAUGAGGGGCUACGUUGAGAGCUGCCGCCUCAUGCAGCGGGCAGUGCCACGCAAGCCGGCCAAAGGCACUCGCUGA